GGCCAGCCCUGAAGCUGGGCUCCUGACGCGAGCGGGGGGCAGAGCGGGCGGGGUGUUGCGGGCAGCCGCAAGGCCCCGGGGGGCCCGCUGGGGAGGAGCCGGGGAGGAGGCCGGAGCUGCAUGGAGUUUCUGGGGCGCGCAACUCCGGCGGGGCCUCGGCCACUGGGCUCCGGGGCGCAGCGAGGCUGCCGCGCACAUGGGCUGAGCCCGCGCGGCCAGCGGGCGCGGGAGGGGUAGAGCGGCGCGCGGUGCCGGGGGUGCGGGGCACGCGUCCCCAGACGGGAGCAGAGGACAAGGACAGGGAGGCACGCGCCCAGAUCGCGCUCCGAGCAGACGAGGGGCUUGCGCCGACCCCGGCGCGCGCGUGGGGAGCGGCCCGGGGGCGCCAAGGGAGCCGGCGGCAGCGAAGAUGCCGGAGCGGGGACGCGGCUGCCAGCUGGAGGUGUGAGCGAGAGGCUGAGCGCUGCCCGCUUGGCGCCUCCAUUCCGCGCCGCCCCCUCCCUGCGGGCCUCGGUGGAAGCCCCCAGCGCCGCGCGGAGGCGCCUAGGCAGCUGGGCUGCGGGGCCCCGGCCCAGCGAGAGGGAGAAGAUGCCGUUCCACCAUGUGACCGCCGGCUUGUUGUACAAGGGGAAUUACCUCAACCGAUCACUCUCUGCUGGCAGCGACAGUGAGCAGCUCGCUAAUAUCUCUGUGGAGGAGCUCGACGAAAUCCGAGAAGCCUUUCGGGUUCUGGACCGAGAUGGGAACGGCUUCAUCUCCAAGCAGGAGCUGGGAAUGGCCAUGCGCUCUUUGGGGUACAUGCCUAGCGAGGUGGAGCUGGCCAUCAUUAUGCAGCGCCUGGACAUGGAUGGGGAUGGCCAAGUGGAUUUUGAUGAAUUCAUGACAAUCCUUGGCCCCAAACUGGUGUCUUCAGAAGGUCGUGAUGGUUUUCUCGGAAACACAAUAGAUAGCAUAUUCUGGCAGUUUGACAUGCAAAGGAUAACUCUGGAAGAGUUGAAGCACAUUCUCUAUCACGCCUUCCGGGACCAUCUAACGAUGAAGGACAUUGAGAACAUCAUCAUCAAUGAGGAAGAAAGCCUGAAUGAGACCUCGGGGAACUGCCAGACAGAGUUUGAAGGAGUGCACUCCCAGAAGCAGAACAGGCAGACCUGCGUGCGGAAGAGCCUCAUAUGCGCCUUCGCCAUGGCCUUCAUCAUCAGCGUCAUGCUGAUCGCGGCCAAUCAGAUCCUCCGGAGCGGGAUGGAGUAGCUGCUCCCGCGGCCACGCCGCGCUGCUGCCCGGCGCACGUGCGCGCCCUGCGGGCGGACUCUCCCUGCACACAGCAGACGCGGACCUACGGACGGGUGGACGCGCAGACCACGCUACAGUUCCGGGAAGCACCCAAGCUUGAAGCGCAACUGGGGUUGCAAAUCAACUUCAUCUCCUUGGCAGGGACACAAAAGGGCUGUCUUCAACGCUUUAAUGGUUUUGUUUCCUAAUGCAAUAAAUAGCCAGGAGUUCCGAUUUUUUGCUUCAACCACCAGUAGUAACUCUAAAGAAAAACUUCAUCUUCAUGUCGGAAUUCCAGCAGCCAUCCCGGGGUAAUGGUGAGAGAGCAAGAGAUAAAGGUGUGAACACCUGUCGCCUCCAUACCCCAUUCUUUCAACCCAGGGGGCAACAGGAGAUUGCCCACUGGGGCCAACCCUCAGUUCCCAGAGGCUCACUUCUGGGUUGCCACAGAAGAGGGGGGACCUUCAUCUCACCCUGGCUUCCUUCUUCUACCUAUUGCAGGCCCUCCACCCCCAAGGCAUGAGGGGAAAGCCAUUAAGUGGGGUGCAGCCCCUGGUGGUUUGCAGCUGCACCCCCUCUGCUUCCGUUUUACUGCCUUUUCUACAGGACUCCUGUUGGCAAGAGCUGGGGAGCUCUCCGCACUUGGCUUUCAGUUCCUAGAGCCCAUCCCGCACCAGCAUUUUGGAAUCUGCAGAGAGCCUUCCUCCCAGCUUUGCCACCUGCGCUGCCAUUAGAAAAAAAGAGAAGCAUAACCGUGGGCAUCGGUAUAACGUAGACACAUAGACAGACAUAUAUAUUUGGCUUCUUCAUGUGUGAUGUCAUUCUUCCCUAAUUGCUUACACCUGAUAUAAGCUUGUCUUCCCUCCCACACUCAUCCCUGCUUCUCUGGGGCAGGGGUGAAGCAGGUUGGGGGAGAGGAGGAUGGAGACUGGUAGUGAGGUGUAAGCAGCCCAUACCCAGCCAUCUGGAGGCCGGGAUACCUACUGCAUCUCUGCGCCAGACAACCUCUGUAAGUUGGGGUGCUCGUGCACCUCACCUUGCCUUCAUCUUGGAAUUUGCUCUGUUAGUCAGUCUUCCCCAGCCGAAAAGGAGAAAUCAAAUCCAAAGCAGAAAGAUGGAAAGAUCAAACUACUGUAUUUUACGUAAUAUCUUCUGGCAUUCCGAUUCUGCGACUGACUCAUUUUCACAAGAAAGAGCAGGGGAAAAGAUGUCGGUGAGCUUAGCCAACAGGACAGGUAAUUUACUCCUGCCUGGGGAAGGGAUGCAACGCCAUUUCAAGUCUGUCAUUUCCAGAGUUUUUCCUAGAUGCCACAUCAGCCACCACUGUUGAUUCAAGCUUGCAUAGUCCGACUAGCCAGUAAUCUCUAGAUAUAAUCUCUCCCCUCGUUCUUUUCCAAGCUCAGGUCUUUAUUUCUGUAAUGGAAUUGUCUCGCUCCUGUUUCUUUUGAUUACAUGUUAAAGCUACACGUGUUUGCCCUUGUCCUUUCCCCCCUUUUCUCCCAGUAGGAGGCACCAGAAACUUUCCUGUCUCAAUGCAGUGGGUAGGCUUUUUGGUGUGGUGCGUGUUCUUGAUCUCCUCCCGAAGCCCUUCUUCCCUUGCAGCUUUCUCCCUACUGCCUCCUCAGACUUGGAGCACCCCGGUCUCUGAUUAGGGUCUUCUAAUCCACCUCUGUACAUGCCUCCAGCAACAGCUUGGAGGCAGCUGUAGAAGUUUUCCCUCCCUCCUUGGGAGAAUCAGAAUAUUCCUGAUGAGCACAGAUAAAAACUAGGGUUUGAGCCAUAGUGUGGAGGAGGAAGCAGAUGUAAGCUCCCUGGAGCCCAGCGGAUUGAGCGCCUCUCUGUAAAAUGUCCUGGAGUCCAGCAAGUAAGAUAGCAGCCUGCCUUUCCCCUUCACCUGUCCAGCCACCAGCCACCUUGCACACUGCAUGCCUGCCCCUUCUAUCACUACCCUCGGCUGACUCCCCACAGGCCCUUUAGGAUCAGAACCCUAAAGCAGAGCAGUUCCAUAUGCAGAAUACUAAUAUAUCAGACGACUUCAUCCUUCCUUUCAGCCCAGGGCAGUUUGCCCUCUCCUGGCUGGACAUGGAUGGGAGGGCAUAGCAGAAUGUGCAGGGUCAUGCUGCCCUGUCUUUAGGUAACCACUAAACCACAUCCUCCUGGAGACAAGGAUGCAAGACCCUAAGUAGACUGGAUAGAAAUCCAGGGAUGAUUCUUCAAGGAGUCCUGCCCCAUGACAGCGGAUUGCAAUACUGCAGCCAAGGCUAGCCUUCAGGGCAGAAAAUGAGGAUUUCUUCAAAGGCUGAUUUUUAUGCAAGUUUUCUGCCUCUUACUAGAGAACAGAGAGCCCAAAGGAUGGGGGCGGGGGUGUUAGAUUUUAUCAGCAGAUAGAUUAGCCACCUGUAGGGUGAGGAUGAAAUGACUUCUGGAGAGGUACCGACAGCUUAAUUUCUAUAAAUGUCAGCAUCCCUUCCCUAAAGAUGACCCCUUUCCUCUCUUGCAGUGACCUGGAAGCUAGCCCAUCCUACCCAGGAGAAAAUCUAGGAGAAUGUAUUCCUCUGGGUGAUGCAAGAAGGAAACCACAGAAUUCUCUUUGACAGCUUAGGAGUUAAGCUCCCACCCUGGUAACCUCCCACAUGACACCCAGGGGCUAAAGGCCACAGCGUGGGGAGAUAGCCCUGGGCUACUAGCAUUCAUUAGACUUUGGGAGCUCAGAGUUUGUCCCUGUGACUCACACCCCAGUUCCUUUGCUUAGACAGUUUGUCUUGGAUAUAUGGAAGGUUUCUUCAUCAGGCAUCCCACUCCCUGCCCUGCUCACACAAAUAUUAUGCCUGGGGUCCCAGGUCAGCCAGUAUCCCCACCACAGUGACUGUGAUGGUCAUGAUGGAAAGUUCCAGAAAGUCCAGAUCUCCCAUGCCUGAGGUGUGCCAUGUGACCCCAGCUAGAGGUGACCACUGUAGGAACUGAGAGGGAGGAGCCCAACCCCCUCUCUGUCUUCCCAGGUGAUAGACUUAGGAGACAGCAACACAGGCUACCAGCCAUGGAGUGACUGAGUGAUUGGCAAACCAGCCUAGCUCAUUCUUGCUACAAGAGCAGAUGACCCCUAGACAACAAAGCAAUGAUCAGGGAGUCAGAGACAUUUUAGUUGGGAGAGAAAGGGAAGUAGGCCCUGGCUCCAUUGACCCCCAAAGACGCUAUCUCCCCAUAUUCCAGAUGUACACAGAGCCUCUAAACAGGACCCAGCAUCAGAACUAUUAGCAGUUACUUCCAGAAUGUGCGUGGGUCCCACGUGACCAAUCUGUUAAAAAAAAGUGGGGGGGGGGUUGCCAUGGCAACCCUUGCAUUCCACCCUGAGUUUGCCAAGGCACACAAAAAUAGGGAACAUUUUCUUAAAGAACACUCUAGUUCUGCCUGAUUGCAACCUCACUCCCUGUAGCCACAUCCUGCUGGGAGGAGAAAUUACCCCCACAGAACCUGGGUGGUUUUUCUUCCUUUUUCUCUUAUGUUUGAACUUGUCCUUCUAUUUACUCAGGAGAAUAGGAGCUAGAGCUACCUGUAAGUACAGUGGUAUCUUCCCCUCCCCACCCCUGGGCCUACCUGCUAAGGCCCAGAGCAAGGACCCUUUAAUCUAGGCAAAUAGGCAGAAAUGUCAUCUAGAAGGCAAACAAUAUUUUAAGCUUUCAAUCUUUAAAAGCAUCUGUUUAGAUGUUAAGAAGCUUCCCCACAAGCCAGAAAUGUGAACUUCAGUGAACAGAGGUUUACAUGUGAUCUUAGGCAAGCCCAGUGCUUUCAGAAGUGUCCAGGUAUUUUAUUUGCAGAGAACAAGGUGUGUACAGAAGGUAUCUUCUUUCUUGAUACCUGCUCCUAUCUCAGAUUUUACAUAACAGAUGGUCUACUAUCUUAUGACUCUCCAGAAGAACCUAUGAAAGAUGGGCAGAUCAUUUUGAUAAUAAUACCCCUUCCAACCUCCCAUCCACAGAAUCAUAAAGUUAUAUAUCUAAGAACUGGGAGAGAAAAAUUUAUCUUUUAUUUCAAAUGCUUCCUACUGGGCUUAAGUCCAGACUCAGGUCGUAAAUCAAAGAUUUGCACGUUGUUCUUAGCCUGUAGCUAGCAGCCUCCCUGGGACCUUCUGAGGGAAGAGCCAGAAAAUGAAGGGUGUGACCACCAAGGACAACUCCCUGGGUUGGGCUGGCUUGGCCGAAUGUGGCUGCGUGGCCCUGACACCCCAUUUCAGCUGUCCCCUUUGUUCUCCCUCCUCGAGGAAGCUGCUGAGCUUGGCUUUUCCCAACUGGAGGUCUUAAACCAUAUUGGGUCAUUACUGCACUAUUUCUCCAAAGGCUCAUGUAAUCGUGAUUUUCACCCUAUGCCACCAAGAUGCAUGGAGUGUCUAGAAGCCCCCCACAAGGAAGGGCUGUGAUGAUGCAGAUGAACUGAGAUUAAGCUUCUAGACUUCAACACAUACACAGGAGGACUGCAGAGCUGCAAUAUCUAAAGAACAUCCUUCUGAAAUGACUUCAGAUUAGAACAUUCGUCGGCCUUUCAGAGAUCCCCAGGGACCUAAGAGUCCUUACCUGAAGGCCUUGCCAAAGCCAUUUUCCCUCACCACCUGAUUGUUCAGCUCCUCUAGAAGGGAAAAAUCUAUUUGAAAUAGAGUAGAAGCAUUAUUCAGCAGCUAGGGUUUUCGAUUUGAAUUAUUUAAAGCAAUGGCAAAAUAAAAGAGGAUUGGGGUUGCUACUUACGGACCUGGUCACCAUGAUAAUUUAAGUGUCAGAACUGUUCAGCUUCACUUCAUCCUUGCUUUGACUGAGUCACUCAGGGGACUGUCCUCCGUUUUGUGGCCUUGCCAAUGACAGUUGAUUUGGAGGAAGGAGGUCAAGUGCACCAACCAGCCAAGCAUUUCUCUUAGUGUUGUAUGCUCAUUGCAAUGCUCAUGGUCAUUUUGACAGCUCUGGUUUCUACUUAAUAUUGGUUUGUGACCCUCUUCAUAGGGCCUCAAAGAGACAUUAGAAUAAUGCUCCAAAAGGCUUCAAGGCAGAAUUAAUUUGAUUCCGUUGACUUGAAAUCAGAAUCGGGUUUUUCCGGUCCCACAAAGACAGCCCUUCAAAACUGGUAAAACUUGCCCUGUCCCUUGUCCCCUACCCUACUGUGGGCAGUGUGUCAGUUGAACUAUGCUGGGCAUGGUCUCAUUGGCCUCUUUUCCUCAGGCGUGAUGGGUUGGCUUUCAAACCAGUGCUUCUCAUGCUGUCAGAAGUUACUGUCCAGGUGAAAAGGAUGCAGAUGCUGGGAUGUUCCAGGGGGAUGGAAGAGCAGGCUAACUAGGAAGGAAUAAUCCAGGGAAUGCAAAGCUCAACUGUGAUUCUGCUCCAUCCUUGGAUCUGAGAGAGAGAAAGAGGUUUUUAAAGGGCUGCAGAUGCUGGUCUCUGAAUGUCUUCCCUGGACAGCUGGCCUACUUUGGAAACAUGCAGGGGAUUGAGCACCAUGGGGCUGCCUGUCAGUCUGGUCCACAUGACAUGCUCUGUGCAUUUCCAUGGAGGAUGCCGACAUCUGUCAAGUGCAGAAUGCCUCUCCUGGGGCGCUCGGACCUGUUGAACUGAGGCCAGGAGAGCGGAGCAGAGGACCUGAAGUGUGGUCAGUUCUACCAGCUGGGAAGAGCAAAGGCAGAAGGGCAGCAGCCGGGUUACACUUCCCUCCUGGCCUUCAGGUCUCUCAUCUCUAAAGCCAGAGGAAAGGGAAACGGAAAGAACUCUUCCAUUGUGACAUCCUAUUGGUGUGAAACAAAUCAGAAUGAAUGUUCACUACUGAGAGGGUCCCCGUUUCCCCCACGAAUUGCAUGAAGGACCGGCAGCUUUUUUUUUUUUUUAAACACAGGUCCCAAGAGACAGUUGUGAUUAAAGUAUCUCUUUUGGUGUCCAUUGUCUAUAAAUGAAACAACGCAAAUGGGUCUAUGGUAAAUGUGUCGUGCCUUGCAGGCAAAAGGUGUUGUUUAUUCCUCACGGACUUGCUGAUUCAAGGGAGCAUGAAAGAUGGGCUUUGUGUCCUUGUCUCAGCCAGUGUGAAAAUAAAGGGAUUCAGUCACUUCGCCAGAGGUCACAUGACUGAGAACUCAUGAGUAAAGCAGAUGAAACAGAGCCAGAUUCCAAGAAAAGAUGCUCGUUUCGCCAUCUGAAAAAGCCUAACCGAAAGCUACUGAUUAAAGAGCACAAUUUCCAGUCACUGCUUUCUUUCUUUAUUGUCUGGCCACUGCAACAGCAGUUCCAAUAUACUAGGUUGAUAGCGAUUUGUUAAUUAUUUGUAUCACCCAAGAAGGAAGAGAGUCGUGAUCUCUGAUGAUUGUCAGAAAUUAGAUUAACAGUCCUGGAGACCAGCCACCUGCGGUCGCCCUUUAGAUGGAGGAUGAGUGAUGCUGAGAACAGGUGGAUGCUUUAGGUGUGACUACCCGCAACCAGGGGCAGAGAGCAGGAGGGGAGUGGCUGCAGGACCCACAGGAAUCUCCAGCCCUUCUGCCCCAUGCCAACAUAAAACCCUAGGUUCUGGUUUUUUCCUUUCUUCCUAAAGUAGACUGAUGUCUCAGUCAUUGUUUUGAUAGCAAGCCUUGUUCUUCUUUGGAAAGACCUAGAUUGGCCCAAACAAAAGGACCCUCUAUGCUCUUGGAGAAGACUGGCACAAGCCAGUGUCUCUCAGCUCUUUCUAAGGAAAAUCAAAGGAAAUCCCAUCUUUCUUACCUGAAAAUCAGCAUUCAGGAGUCCUGGAAAGUCUUCUUAGUGAGGUUAGGUUUUGUUCCCCAAUUCUGAAUCCAGGAAGAAGGUAUGUCUCCAAGGACUAACCAAAGCAAAGCCUUUGGAGGGAAAUCAGACUCAGAAAGUCCAGUUGGGCAGUGGGUUGACAAACUCUCAUCUAUUGGGUGGAUGUGGGAGGGUCACUGUGAUCCUAGAGGUCAUUAGACUUCACUUGUGAGUUGUUUCUCAAAGCACAGCAGUAAAUGACUGGAAUCCUUGCCCCCAACACGCUGGGUGUAAAUAGAAGCACAGCUGAGGAUUAUUAUGGCCAGGACAGUUAGAGUUCGGCAGCUCUUAUACCCAGAAUGGGCCACAAAUACUGAAUUCCUGGAUCACAAUCUUCCCAUGUACCUCAUUCACAUUCCUUUCUGUUUUCAUUCAGUAUUAGUUGAUGAUUUCUGCUAUUACAUGAUGUGAGAGAGUCAGCAGACUAGUCAAAAGAAAAAUCUUUAUAUAAAAUGUAAAUAUUACUAUAAAUUAACUUGGCAUGCAACGUAUUGAUCAAAUGAAGUAUAUAUUAUUACUUGUUAUCUUAGUGUAUAAAGAAAAACUGACUGCCAUAUUAACCAGAUGUUUUCUUUAACCAAACUUGUCUGUAAAUAUAUAAUCUGUAUAAAAAAGAGUCUAAUUUACCAUUAUUUAUGCAAUAGAAAAAAUAAAAGUUCUUUCUUUUUUCCUUUUGA